AUGGACGGUGCUGCAGUCCCAGAGCAGACUGAGGGGCUCCCCAAAAGGCAAGAAGUGCAGUCAGCAUCAGGACUGGGAGGAGCCCUGGUGGAGUGCUCCUCAACCCCUGGCAGUCUGGCCCUGGUGAGCCCCUACCACACCCACUGCCUUGGGGACCCUUUAGACUUCGUGGUGCUCGCGGAGCAGGUGCAAAAGGCUGAUGAAUUUAUCCGAGCAAAUGCUAGUAACAAGCUGACAGUCAUAGCAGAGCAAAUCCAACUUUUGCAAGAACAAGCUAGGAAGGUAUUGGAAGAUGCCCGCAGAGAUGCCAACUUACACCACAUAGUUUGUAAUAUGGUGAAAAAACCUGGGAACAUUUACUACCUUUAUAAGCGUAAGAGUGGUCAGCAAUAUUUUUCCCUUAUUUCUCAAAAGGAGUGGGGAACACAUUGUCCACAUGACUUCUGUGGUGCCUAUAAGCUACAGCAUGAUUUAUCCUGGACUCUGUAUGAGGAAAUUGAGAAGCAAGAUGCUAAAAUCAGCAUGACAGACAAGUUGCUGAGCCAGUCAGUGGCCGUGCCUCCAUGCACUGAACCCAACUUCCAGGGACUGACCCACUGA